UCUCUGAAAUAUAUAGAUAUAUAAAAGGGAGAAUGUGUAAAAUCUUCGGUCGAUUUUUAUCCCUGAGACAGUAAGUAUUUGUAUAUAUAAAUAUAAGCGCUUAUUUACUUACUUCUCUCGCAUUUUUACGUAUAUUUUUUUCAUGUUUACAGAAAAUUAAUUACAUCACGUGAUUCUGCUACCCAAAAUCUAUAAAAAAAACGUACAAACUUUUACGUAAAAACUUGGAGACAAAAAUUAACCACUCUUACACAUUUAAAGUUACAUCAUGGACUAGAGGAACUAUAGAUGGUUUUAGUUUUUUUUUUUUUUUAGAAAACAAAGAAUUUAACAAGAAUGCAUAUGACGCGAGUUUCUAUAAUCUAUAUUAUAUCGACGACUCGUUAUAAUACCAAAUUGUUUUGGUAUAAUGCACUGGCUGUUUUUCAACUCUUUGAAUAUUCACGCAAAGUUACUUCAUCGACAUUCGAUAGUCGGUCGAGUAUCGACAUUCUGGCCAAGAAAUGAGAAAUGUCGAUGAUGUGCAAACAAUGAAUAGAACGUCCACUCACGAUCAACCGCACAUCGCGCAUAGCCAGCGCGUACAUAUCGGCAAUCUCAUCAUUUGCCUUGUGUAUUUAUGUUUAAUCAUAUUUUUACCAUCAAAAUCCAGAGUAUGAGUAAAACAGCAUAUUUUUAUCGUAUCAUUCUGCUAUUCGGUAAUGCACUGAGUUAACUAUUUAUUUUUACUUUUAGUAUAAAUAAAUUUUUAAUAUAAAUUUUUUUCAUUUUUAGUUUUUAGAAAAUAAUUUGCUUAUUGUGUUUCUUAUAAUAUCCGAUUGUCACUAUGUAGCCCCUAUUCGCUGCAACUUUGAAGACACGCGUGUUACCGUGGAGAAAAUAUAUGCCUAAAACGUUUCGACUUGGGAAAGAUAAAUCAACGUUCUUCUUUCAAAAUAGGACGAUGCCGCCCGCUCCUGUAUCUCAAUGAAAUAUAAAUGGAGGAGCGGUUGUGAACAAAAAGGAAAUUUAACAUUAUUAUUAAAUACAAAAGCAGUAACGAUUUUUAAAGUAAUUCAUUAUUGAUGCUAUUUAAAAAAAAAGUACGAUUUUGUGUUGUUAAAUCGAACAAUUGGAGCAAAUUUGUUAUUCUUAUUUGAGCCGCUGAAAUUUUAUAGUUUGAAUAAUUGCUUACUGUUUCUAUUUCUUGUACGAGUAUAACAGUUGUCGCUGGAAGAAUUUUGCGGAAAAAGUUAUCACGCGAUCAUUUUUGUUCGCUCAAAUGGUUCGAGCUGCUCGUGAAAUAGUAUGUUUAUGCAAAAAAAAAUAGCUCCAAAAUAACUUAAAAAUUUUUUAAUAAGUUGGCGUGUUAUAUGUCGUCUAAUAUGUCAACUUUGAUUAUAGAUUUUUUUACUGCUUUAUAUUAUCAUAUGUAGGUGAUAUAAAAACAUAUAAAAAUUUAUUCUUUCUACUUAUUUACAUACAGCAUUUUAUUUCAUCAUUUACCUAAUAAAUUAUCUAAUUUGUUCUUUUAAUGAAAAAAUUGGAAAAAAAUUCAAGAGACUACCUCAGAAAGAGCGCAACGCGUUUUAUAUCCACGCUUUAAAUCACGAAUCAAGGCCUUUGGUAAAUAAUACAGUUUGGUAACAAUAAAGUUUGGUAAAACAUCCGGUCGUAUUGAAUGUAAAAUCGAUUUAUUGAUCUCGAGCGGAGGCGGAGGAUCGUCUAUGCGGUCAGUCUUGCGGCUGAAUUCUCUCGAAUCGAUUUGAAUCGGUAUCGGUACCAUCGGUGGAUGACAGUUGGAGAGUAGUGAUAGUUCUUAGACAAUAUCACGUCCGUUAUGAAAAUGACAUCAACGUUAGCUUCCGAAAUCAACGAUGACAGGAUCUACCGACUGAAUCAGCACAUUGCAGCUUUCGUAACUUCUCUCGGAGGUUUCGCUCUCGGAGUCACACUCGGAUGGAAUUCUAGCGCUGGAGAAGUUCUUCGAAACAACUCGAACGCUAGCGGUACCGAAAUCGGCCUUGCCGGUGGUAUCUUGAAUGGCGGUGCUUGUGUCGGAGUGAUGUUUAUGCCUCUCUUUAUCAAGUAUUUCAGUCGUAUCACAGCCAUGUCCUUGACUAUGCCAGGAUUCAUCGUCGGUUGGACGUUUGUUUGCUGCGCCGGCGCCGCGGCCGGUCAAAAAAUUUCGCUUCUUAUAAUCGGUCGAUUCAUAUGUGGCGUGAGCGGUGGAGCAUUCUGUAUUCUGACGCCUAUUUAUAUCGCAGAAAUCGCAGACCGGGAUUCGCGAGGACGACUUCUUAUGUACUUUCAUCUUUUAAUCAACUGCGGAAUUAUGUAUGCCUUUGUAAUCGCCCAUCUAUUAAAUGAAUACGAUUCUGCAUGGAGGUAUAACUUCAUUUGUGCUGUGACAUGCCUUGUGGUUGCUCUGGUAAAUCUAUUGCCUGAAAGUCCUUUGGGUUAUCUUAUGAAGAAUAACGAAGUAAAGGCGAAGAAUUCUCUGAAAUGGUACCGUGGCCCAACUUAUAAAGACAACGUUGAAAUAGAGGAAUUGAAAUAUCUCGCAAGCCGUUCAAGAAAGAUUACGAUAAAUGUUUUGAAAAACCGAAACGUCACAAGUGCCUUCUUUACAUGUUUCUUUGCCUUCCUGAUUCAACAAUUGAGCGGAGUUAAUAUUAUGAUAUUUAACGCGUUGACACUCUUCAACGUUGGGGGAUCGGGGAACCUAACUGGAAGCGAACAAACCGUCCUUAUUGGUGGGGUGCAAAUAUUAUCUUGUUUCCUGGCGAUCGGUCUGAUAGACGUAGUCGGACGUCGAACACUGCUAAUUGUAUCCUCGAUACUUAUGGGAUUGUUCCUGAUACUGUUAGGAUGGUUUUACGAAUUGAGAAAUCGUGAUCCAGAAUACGACGACAUCUACUUUUGGAUGCCGCCGACCUGGACGACUCUCUUCUUUGCCACUUUUAACAUCGGCGCCGGACCGAUUUCGUGGGCGCUGUUAGGCGAUGUCUUUCCUAUGCAAAUCAGAGACUCUGCUGUAGCAUGCGUAGUCGCUUUCAAUUGGCUGCUAUCUCUGACAGCAACAAUGACUUUUGGAGAAAUGGUGGAUACCCUCGGUGUUCCGAAAACUAUGUGGCUCUUUGCUGGCUUUUGUUGGACAGCUGGAAUUCUUUGCGCCUUACUUCUAAAGGAUACUCGCGGUCAGAGCCUGGCUAAGAUACAAAAGAGCUUUGGCAUUGAGAGCGAACAAGUAGAAAUGAACAGCAGUAUAGAUCGCACCUGAGAUAUCGGCUAAUUCUAAUAAUGUGAAUAUCUUGACAAUUUUUAACAACAGCCUGCUGAAAGAUGAAUAAUUCUGAUGUGCGAUACGAUAGUAAUUUAAUAGACUUUAACUUUUCGUUCGUUUAGGCUAAUAUUUAGCCUAAUUUUAUCUUUAGUAACAUUUUGAAAAAAACAUUUUAUUAUGAAUGUCUCGAGUCAAUAAAUCAAUCGACUGGCUUCGUUGCAGUCGCUAGAGGCGGAUAACUUUGUUACAAACAAUCGUUUCAGCGUUUCAAACAAUUUGCGUCUUGGAUAAAUCUAUCAAUCUUACCAUCGGUCAUCGAAUAAAAAUACAAAAAUUGAAUGUGGCGUUUGCAUUAAUUGGCUAACCUUGAUAUUAAAAAUAUAUAUAUGUAUAGUAUCAUACGUAUGUAUACGUAUGUUACGUAGUUAUCACUUUUUAAGACACUUUUUAGACUAAAAACUUGAAUUAAAACUACAUAUAAUUACAGUGCGAUUAUGAAAUAGCUACGUACGUAAUAGUUACAUAUAUUCAUCAAAUUAAAUGGCAAUCUGAGCAAUCUGUAUCCUUGAGAGCGAGACUUGUAAUUAGUUGCCAAACCUAGAUUAAAUUUGCUCCGGAAAUUAAUCCGACCAACAUGGAGUGCUAUAAGUUUGAAAGUUUGGAAAUGUAUCGUUUAAAUGUUAUCAUAAAGUUCGAUUCUCUCGAUCCACAAACCAUUUCCGAUAUUGAGCUCGUCACUUUACGAAACUUUGUGAUACCAAUCAAUUCAAAUCAGACGUGAACACAUAUGUAUGUAUGAUACUUCACUAGUUGGCUGAUAUGCAGCAGAUUAGUCUCGAUUAAUCGUGUUUCACAAUUUGAUGGAAUUUCUGAUCAAAUUGGUGUAUGGUACAUACAUACCAUACAUGAGUACUAUACACCAAUGUGUCCUAUUGUACGUGCUACAGAGAAUGCCUGAUUAUAAAAUACAUAUUUUAAUACAUUAUAAAAUACAUAUCUUGUUAUAAACAUUUUUCUCUUAAGAAAUUAAAUAUUUGUAUUGGCGUUAAAUAUUGUAUUUUAGGAAUUCAAUUCCAUGUCGCGGUAUGUAGAAUAGAAUAGUGAGUUACGAUAUAACAUAAUAUAAAAAACACUAAAAGCCGUUGUAGAAUUAACUUUUAAAUUGUUAUUAGUCAAAUUGACACAAAUCUGAUUAAUCUGAUUAAUAGAUAGAGGAUUUGUAAAGACACACACGUUCUAAUGAAAUAGUAAAAAUAUUAAAACAUUAAGUAAACAGCGCUUAAUUUAAUUAAGUCUGAAAAUUGAAUUGUGCGCGCGCGCGCGUGUGUGUAAACUGUACACAUUGAUUUUAAAUACAAUAGUUAAAAUUUUUCUCUUACAAGACAUGUUGCGCACGUUGCGCGCUAGAAUAUUUCGUUACGUUAUAAUUUAUCAAUAAAUAAUUUAUUUAAAGUAAUAAUAGGAAGUAGUAUUUUGUUGUUUAUAAGAAAAUGUAAUCGCAUAUGGUUAAAUUGGAAAAGUUAUUCAUUCGUUUCGGAAACUCGUUAGAAACUGCUUCGUGGCGGAAAAUUGUUCAAAGUUACGCUUAGAACAAACUUAGCUGUGAUUUUCACAGUGAAGGGAAUACUUACAGUUCUCACAGGUCGAUAAGCGAUGGAAAAAGGAGAAUUAUGGCCGAUAUUCAUACACAGAGAAAAAAUUAUUGUAUCAAAUCAACUAUUCAUUGUUUCAUAUAUAAGCAAGAAUAUAAAAUCUUGGGAGAAUUUAUUAUCUUAAUAACAGAUAUAAUUACCUUACA